AUGUUUGUUCCAACGUUUACUGCUAACUCGCAAGAUGUGCCUACUGUACUUACCAAGAAAUGUGCAAGUGUGAUUGAAAGGUUCAGACAGACGUACCCUGGGCACUCCCCAGAUUUUAUCUCAAGGUCUCCAGGAAGAGUGAAUGUCAUUGGGGAACACAUAGAUUAUUCGGACUUCUCUGUACUGCCCCUCGCAAUUGACGUGGAUAUGCUGUUGGCGGUGCGUGUGAUAGACGGGAAAAAUCCCUCGAUCACACUCACCAAUGUCGACCCACGUUUUGCUCAGAGGAAGUUUGAUCUUCCAUUGAAUGGGGACGAUAUCAGUGUGGACCCGUCCGUUUCAGACUGGUCGAAUUACUUCAAAUGUGGGCUGCUCGUUGGUCAUAACUACUUAAAGAAAAACUGGCAUGAAAAGUUUGCCAACAGACCCCUAGUGGGGCUCGAAGUGUUCUGCCAGGGCGAUGUACCCGUCGGGAGUGGUCUCUCAUCAUCCACAGCGUUCAUAUGCGCAGUCACUUUGGCAGUCAUCAAGGCAAACUUGGGGCUUGACUUCCAACUCUCCAAAAGAGACCUCAUUGAAGCAACUAUAAUAGCAGAGCAUUAUGUAGGUGUCAACAAUGGUGGUAUGGACCAAGCGACGACCGUAUGUGGCGAGGAGGACAACGCACUAUUUGUCCAGUUCAAACCGGAAUUAGAGGCCACGCCUUUCAAGUUCCCCGAGUUGAAGACCCACGAGGUCCAGUUUGUCAUUGCUAAUACACUCGUCGUGGCAAACAAGUACGAGACGGGACCAGUACAUUACAACCUGCGGGUCGUAGAAGUUAUCGUCGCAGCUAACGUCAUGGCGAAUAAAUGCGGUGUCGCGCUAAAUUACGGGCCAGAUUCCGGCUUUGAAAAGGGUAACCUAAGAGAUUUCCUAAACGCAUACUACCACGUCUACUGCCCAGAUGACAACGGUCCAUGGAAUGGGAACGUCAACGAGGGGAUAAAGAGACUCGCGAAGAUGCUCGAAAUUGUGGAACAGACACUUGGAACGCAUAAGGAAGGGUUCUCUGUAGACGAGACAGCACAGGCGCUGGGUUGCUCCAGAGAGGAGUUUACACGCACGUACUUGACUGUUGUUCCAAUCAGGUUCCAAGUACUGAAACUGUACCAAAGAGCGAAACACGUCUUCUCAGAAGCCUUACGAGUGCUACAAGCAUUGAAACUGAUGACAGAGCGGAGCACGCUGAACAGAGAUGAAGAGUUUUUCGAAGAGUUUGGCGCCCUCAUGAACCAGUCACAAAAUUCUUGUGCGGAGCUUUACGAAUGCUCCAGUCCAGAAAUAGAUAACAUAUGUCGAAUUGCACUUGAUAAUGGAUCGUACGGAUCGCGUCUGACGGGGGCAGGAUGGGGGGGGGCAACUGUGCACCUUGUUCCAGGUGGACCCAAUGGGAACGUGGAACAAGUGAAAACCGCACUGAUCGAACAAUACUACAAAAAACAGUAUCCAGACAUUACAGCCGCAGAACUGGAUAGUGCCAUUAUAGUCUCAAAACCGGCUCCUGGUAGUUGCAUCUACAAGCUGUGA